AUGAACUAUGCCUGUUUAAGGCAGCCGGUCAAAGUACGGUAGUUUAGAAAGAUUUUCGGUUAUCAAAUGGAAGACUGUUUUUUUGAAACGUAAUUUCUUGUUUCCUCCAGAGAAAGAUUAUGAGAAAACGCAAAAAAAAAGAAAUCAAUUCAAAAAAAUUUCCUGGCUCCGAAAGAAAUCGACCAAUAUUGACCAGCCGCCGGUCUGUCUUAAACAUGCGUGCAUUACAAAGGAGAAAUGGUUCGCCUCAAAAUUAAAUUGAAAUGUGGACAAAAUAAGAACGUGAAAAAAUCACGUUUGCGCAAAAAAAAAACUGUCAAUAUUUAAUUUUUACACUACUGGAACGAAAAUUCGUAUAGGUCAUUCCGCGCUAGCUUGUCACGUUUUUCUUUCCGCCAAAAGGUCAGGUCAAAUUUAACCAACUUUCGCUUCAAGGCCUUUGUUUCUUGCCGUUAUAGCAGAAAUUUGAUCUAAUUUGGUAUACGGUCUUUUUGGGGGAAAGAAAAACGUGACAAGCUGGCGCGGAAUAGGCUAUGUGAAAUUCAAAACGGCUAAUCUAAUUUCGAAUCACAAAAACUAGAGAUUUCUAAAAGUUCGAAAACUAGAUUGCCUCAAUUUUAAGAAAGACCGAAUUUUUAUCAAUAAAAAUGUUCUCGGAAACUGAUGGCGUGUUCAUCCGACAGAACGAAACUUGUUCCAAAACGCAAAAAAAAUUGCUCCAGAACAAAAAUUAGUAUUUUUUGGAUUAAUAUUAUUGCGUCGAUGACUAGUUUCUUCGUUUUGAAACAUGUUCUGUUUUUCCAAUAAACAUGCCAUAAAAGAAAUAAAGGUUUUAUCAAUGAAAAUCAAAUAAAUAGAAACAGUCUGAGGCAAAUCAUCAACGAAUCGACUCCGAAAAACAAGAAAUGCACCUUAAAAGCGUCUAUCUAUGUUUGAAUUGCAAGGGCGCAGAUUUUGUUCUGAUUUUUUGUUUUGUUUUGUGGCGUGUUCAUCGGAGAAACGGAACAUGCUUCAAAACGAAAAAUCAAGUAACGAUUUCCGCUUCUUAAUGCCGUGUUCAAAGUAAUUUCCGCGAAAUGCAAAAUGGUCUCUGACCCUCCAAAAUUAAGUUAUCUUUCUCUUUCUCUGACGGCUAUUUUGAAUUUCGCGAAAUCACUUUGAACACGGCAUAAGAAUUCUUAUGGCGUGUUCAUCGGAGAAACGGAACAUGCUGCAAAACGAAAAAUCGUGUUCAUCGGCGCGCCAAAGUUGCUCCAAAACAGUACUAAUUUUUGUUUUGGAGCAAUUUUCUUGCGUUUCGAAGCAAUUUUCGUUCUGUCCGAUGAACACGCCAUUAAUAAAAUAAUUUUUGAAUUUUUUCGAUUUCUUUCCUUCAUCUACCCGAAAUCAUGUUUCAUUUUCUGUUUUAAUUCUAAAAUUUUCGGGCUUAUAAUUUGAGAUAUCAAUUUUUUUCACUCAACAAUCCAUGUUGAUUUUGCUCGGCAUAUCACAUUGUGAGCUCAUCUCAUGAGAUAACUUAGAAAUAUUUUAUGUAAACUUCGACUUCUUUUUGACUUUUAAAAAAGGAAUGAACUUUUUAUGUUCACUAUUUCCGUAUAGAAUAUACGAACAGUAAGCUUCUGCAGUUUUUUUUUACGUGUUGCUAGCGAAAAAAACUCCGAAUUUCCCUUAUUUAUUUCAAGUCUCUUUUUUAUUUCGUCAAUAAACCAUCGCUAAGUUGUCUGAAAUACUAUAGACAAGUUGAAACUUUAAUAAUGCUCCUAAAAAUAAAAAUUGUAUCCUUUUUAAUAACUGGCGCACUAUUUUUUUCUUCAGAGGUGUCUUCUUCAAAUUUAUGGGAAGGGAUCUUUACUUUUAAUAUACCUCAAAUUAACCAUAUUCUAUCAAAACUAUCUCUUUAACCGGAUUACGUGUAAGCGUGAAGUGCUCGCAGACUUGUGCAUUUUUGCGUGGCUACGGUAUUUGCAAAGUGCCAACGUUGCUACGCGUCAAUCCUUAUUUCUCAACCCUACUUCCAACGCUUUUUUGUUGUCUGGACGCUUAAGAACCCCUUUAAAAAGGGGUAGAUAGUAUGAUAGGCUCGUUCUACUUUGCUUUAGUAAUUUUUUUUUAGUUUCUCAUCUUCCAACUAUCGAUCGUUUUCCCGAAAAGCGCUGUAUUUUUUUUCCAAUUUCUUUAAGGUUUGUUUUUUAGCUUGGCGCCAUGUCGCUGCUCAUCAAGUUCGAGUCAAAAUCGGCACGAGUGAAGGGUAACUGAUGGAUUGUUUUAAAAAAAUAUAUUUUCGAUCAAAAUAGGUAUUUCUUUCCACCCGACGCGACCAUGGGUGCUGACUUCCUUGCACAGCGGCGUCACCCAGCUUUGGGACUAUCGAAUGUGUGUUUUGAUCGAGAAGUACGAUGAGCACGACGGUCCAGUUCGUGGAAUCUGUUUCCACCAGGAUCAGCCGAUUUUCGUUUCCGGAGGCGAUGACUAUAAGAUCAAGGUUUUUUGUAAACGAAUUUAAUUGUCAUUUAUUUUCUUUUCAUCAUAUUGAAAAAAUUCCGUUUCUUGUCGCUUAAGAGCGGAUGAAAUUUCCCUGAAAUAGAGAAAAAAAAAAGCUGUCUUAGAUCUUUAAAAUGAUUUUCAUUGAUAGUUUGACAACGGACACAAUAACUUUCGUUUAAGAAAAUAUGUUUUAUUCAACUCUCCAAAAUUAAUUUCUCAAGCUCGCUUUUUUCUUAGGUUUGGAACUACAAACAACGACGUUGCAUUUUCACGCUGCUCGGUCACUUGGAUUACAUCAGAACCACCUUUUUCCAUAAUAAGUAAUCGAAUAGGAGUUUUUAGUUCUGUAAGUUCCACUUUCAGGUAUCCCUGGAUCAUUUCCGCUUCCGAUGACCAAACCGUCCGCAUUUGGAAUUGGCAAUCGCGCAAUUCCAUCGCUAUUUUGACGGGUUUAAAUCGAAAAAAGUGAUUUUGAGAUUAAAGUGUUGAAAUUCAGGCCAUAAUCAUUACGUUAUGUGCGCUCAGUUCCAUCCAACUGAGGAUUUGGUCGCUUCGGCCUCUUUGGACCAAACUGUCCGCAUUUGGGACAUUUCCGGCCUCAGUAAGAGAUAUUUCAUCAUGAAUAAAAUUUUUUGAGGAUUUUAUCGGAAUACUGAAUUUUUGGUAAAUAUGUUAAUCGAAAAAAACGCCUCAGAAAAAUUCCAACGUUUUUCUGUUUUUUUUGUCUUGUUUUCUUACUUUCGAAAAUUCAAGUUUGAAAGGUAGAGAAGUUUAACUAGCUUUUUGAAAAAUGCUCACAAUAUAAGUAUUAUAUUUCUAAUUUGACUUCAGUUAUUUUUUGAGAUAGUUUUCGGUGGGCCUUGUUAUAUGAAAAUGGUGACUUUCCCUCAUCGAGUUGAGUAUAUUCUUUUUUUUUAGGAAAACGACAGAUGCCUGGAGGUGGCGCCGGAAUGAGAACGACUUCCGGACAACAGGCCGAGUUGUUCGGACAGCCUGACGCGGUUGUGAAGCACGUUUUGGAGGGCCAUGACCGAGGUUCGUGCUUGGAGUACAGGAAAUUUCAAAGAAAAAAAAAAGUUAGAAAUUUGAUGUUGCUCUUAGAAAAAUUUAAAUUUACAUCGUUGAAAAUGAAUGAAUAGCGGGAAUUGUACAGCGAAAAAUUCAUGAAAUUGCUUUUUUGGAUUUUUUUCAAAAAUUUCAGGAGUGAACUGGGUGGCGUUCCAUCACACGAUGCCGAUCCUCGUUUCUGGUUCAGAUGAUCGUCAGGUCAAAAUGUGGCGUUACAAUGAAUCCAAGGCUUGGGAGGUUGGGUUUUAUUCUAAAAAAAGAUCUUUCUCUUGAAAUAAAUUUGUAUUGCUCAGGAUAAUUGAAUAAUUUGUUUUUUUAUCCUAUUAUCAACCUUAAGAAACUCGGAAUUAGCUCAAUUUUCAAAAGUUUCCAGCUUUCCUCGUAAAAUUAUUUAUUUUUUCAUGAUUCAAAACGAAUUUCUGUGUUAUUUCGAUGUUUUUUAAAGGUCGACAGUUGCCGUGGUCACUACAACAACGUUUCCUCCGUCCUUUUCCACCCCAACGCUGAACUGAUUCUGUCAAACUCGGAAGACAAAUCGAUCCGAGUUUGGGACCUCCAAAAACGCACCAGCCUUCAUGUCUUCAGGUUCGCACAAGAUGAGAAAAAAAAUUAUAAUAUUUCUUGUUUUUCAAAAAGGAUGAUUUUAGAGAGUUGUUCCAAAACCUAGAAAAAUAAUUUUUUCCUUUUUUGAAAGUUUUUACGAGUGUUCCAUGAUAUCUUGGGUUUUUUUUCAGAUCAAAUUAUAUGAAAGUUGGGAAGAUGAAAAGAGUAUUUAAAUUUAGGAAGAGGAAUUAAAAAUUUCACCUUGGCUUUUUUUUGAGCAUUGUAUUUAUAACUGCAGCAAAUUUUAAUCCUAGUCAGAAAAAGGUAAUUCCGGCCAAGUUAUGAUGAAACUUGAGGAGGAAUGUGUUAGACAUUUUCGAAAAUCUUUGAAAUAAAACGGUUUCAAGGUUCAAUUUUUCGAGCAUUUAGUGCUCUACGGUCGUCUCAAUGAUUCGAAUCUCUGCAGACACGAAAACGAAAGAUUCUGGGUGAUGGCCGCCCAUCCGAGCUUGAACAUGUUCGCCGCGGGACACGACAACGGAAUGAUCGUCUUCAAGAUCCAAAGAGAGCGACCCGCCUUCUGUGUAAACGACAACUUGGCCUUCUACGUCAAAGACAAGCAGCUCCGUCGUCUUGAUCUCACGACCAAGUUAGAUUCCACCAUAAUAUUGAACGAAACUGUGAUUUUUUCCAGCAAAGACGUGGCCAUCUGCAAGCUCCGCGCCGCCGCUGCCUUCAUGCAGCCGUACUAUUCUCUGUCGUUCAAUCCCGCCGAAAAUGCCUUCCUCUUGACCAGCCGUUCUCAUAAUAGAGAAUUGUGCACUUUUGAUCUGUACAAGGUGCGAUCAUCGUACAAACCGAGGAGGAAACUUUUUCUUGAAUCAGAAAAAUGAAUUUUUGAGAUUUUCUCUCGAUUUUCAAACGUAAGAAACCUGGAAUUCUUAGAAUCAGGACCAAUUUUUGCACUAGAAGCCCUCAGGAAUCUGUUUAAAAUUUCAUAUAAAACUACCUUUUAUUUCAUUUCCAGGCCUUUUCGAGCGAUAUCAUGUGGAUUUUUGAGACCAGCUUAAAAUGGUGCAUAGGUUGUUGUGAAAACAUAAAUUAUUAAAAAAGAUUUUUUUUUUGAGGAUUUUCAGUUGAUUCACUAUUUUGAGGUUUACUAUACAGUUUGUUUUCAGUUGCCGAAAGAAAGCGACGGAAACACGGACGCCCAGGCCAACAGAAGCUCCGGAAUCGCUGCCCUGUGGCUGGCUCGCAAUCGUUUCGCUGUCCUUGACAAAACCCACAGUGUUGGUAACGUCGUUCAGUGCUAGCCUGAGACAAAAAGGAUAUAAAAGACUUCUUAAUCUUCUAUUUUUACACAGCUCCGUUAAUAUCGUCCCAAGCAAGCUUAGAAUGAUCAAUAUGUGAGAUGAACUCAAUUCACUCGAAUUUUUCAGGUCUCUCUUCGCGACCUCGCCAACAAGGAGCUCCGAAAACUCGAGAACAUCAACACCAACGUGGACGACAUCUUCUACGCCGGCACCGGAAUGGUCCUUCUGAGGAACGAGGAAGGCCUUCAGCUGUUCGACGUCCAGCAGAAGAUCGUCACUGCCAGCGUCAAGGCCAGCAAGGUCCGCUACGUCAUCUGGAGCAAGUCGAUGGACUACGCGGCGCUGAUCUCCAAGCACACCUUGACCUUGAUAAACAGAAAACUCGAGAUCCUCUGCACGCAGCAGGAGUCGACGCGUGUCAAGAGUGGCGCCUGGGAUGACGAUUCCGUCUUCUUGUACACCACCAGCAACCACAUCAAGUAAUAUAAAGGGCUGGUUAAAUGGGGAAAACAAAAAAAUUCAAGAAUUCGUGGUAACCUCUCCAUCCAUUGAAACUACUAGAUUCGCUUCUUUAGAGGUCGUUUCAGUGGCUAUUUAGUGUUUUCUCCAAGUUACCCUUGAGCAACUUCUCAAGUGGCCACUAGAGUUUUUCCCGUAAAUUUCUGAAUACUUGAAUGGUUUCUUCAAAAAGUCUUCAGCAGAUGUGAACUGCUUUUUGAUAGUGUUUUUUUGUACACCAGCAAUAAUAUCAAGUAAACAUGAAGAACAGUAUUUUUUUAAUGACCUUCGGCUAAUCUAUUUGUCAUUUUUUUUCAUCAUUGAAGAGCAUUAGUUCGUUUAAAGAAAAUUUUUGCUGGGUUUUCAUUUAAACAAAUUCAUAUGUUGGAGUUUCAGUGUUUUUAUCGUAAAAUGUAUUCAAUUUGCAGGUACGCCAUCACUUCUGGCGACUGUGGAAUCGUCCGCACUUUGGACCUUCCCCUCUACAUUCUGGCGAUUCGCGGGAACACGCUCUAUUGUCUGAACCGUGAGGCUACACCUGUCGAAGUCCCGAUCGACUCGUCAGACUACAAGUUCAAGCUGGCCUUGAUCAACCGUCGUAUCGACGAGGUCGAUUCAAAAUAAUAAUUUUCGUAAAUACGAAAGUUUCCAGGUGGUGAACAUGGUCAAGUCGGCGAACCUCGUCGGCCAAUCCAUCAUCGGAUAUUUGGAGCAAAAGGGCUAUCCAGAAAUCGCCUUGCACUUUGUCAAGGAUGAGAAGACCCGAUUUGGGUUGGCCCUUGAGUGUGGAAACUUGGAAGUCGCUCUGGAGGCGGCCAAGGUACGAGGAUUGAAUAAAAAUCUUUGAAAGAGGAAAAGUUCAGAAGAUGAAAUUUUCUAAGCUAAUCUAAAAGAAAACCUUAAGACCGCUUUUUCAAAAGUUUGCUUCGCCAAACUUCCCUAUAUGACUUCUUAGAACUUUCCAAAAUUCUCUUCAUUAUCUGGGUUUCCUUUCAGAAACUCGACGAACCGGCCGUUUGGGAGGCCCUUGGCGAGAGUGCUCUUCUUCAAGGAAAUCACCAAAUCGUCGAGAUGAGCUACCAAAGAACGAAGAACUUUGAAAAGUAUCGCCCUUCAACUCGAACUCAUUUUACCCAUGCAUUUGAAGGCUCUCCUUCUUGUACUUCGUCACCGGAAACACGGAUAAGCUGACCAAAAUGCUGAGAAUCGCCGCCGCGCGAAACGAUUGGAAUGGACAGUUCCAAACUUCUCUGCUCGUUGGUGACGCCGAGGAGCAGGUCAAAGGUGACUUUGAGCCGAAAUACUUGGAUCGAAUUGCAAAUUUAGUGCUCCGAAACUGCGGACAGCCGGCCUUGGCUUAUUUGACCGCCGAUUUGCACGGCUGCGAGCAGGCCGCUACUGAACUGAAAGCCGAACUCGAGGAGAAAGGCCUCGAAGUGCCGACUUCCGCCCCAAAUGCGACGCCUUUUGUUCCGCCGCCGCCAUUGACUCGGGUGAGUACUGAAUUUUCGGAACUGCUUUUGUGAGGAAAUUUGUAAAAAGUUGCUCCAAAUCUGUCCGAAUAUAUUUAUCCGACUUUCGAAUUUCAAGGGUUAUAUAAUCAAUUUCUCGUCUAUAUUCCAACGACAUUUGAAAAUUUUCGUUUUUUUUUUCUUUCGUACAAUCUACCCACUUGUCUUUAGAAAAUCUUAAUUCUGAAUUUUUUUUUCUUACGGAAUUCAUAACCCCGCCUACGAAAUCUUCUGACAGUAUAUAUUUUUCAUUCGUAUUGCUUCAGAUGGAGGAGAACUGGCCUUUGCUGGCGUCGGCUCGUGGACAGUUUGACGCCCAUCUUCUGGGCAUUUCUUCGAAUGUUGGUGGAGCUGGAACGACGAAAGCUGUGGCUGGAGCCAAGCCCGCGGCUGCCGCCUUUGCCGCUAUCGAAGAUGAUGUUUCAAGCAUUUUUCAGCAGGAAGAUUUAUCAAGAGCUUGUUUAGGACAUUGAUGGCGGUGACGCGUGGGGCGGCGAUGACGAGUACCUCGAUGAGGAAGGCCUGGAAAUCGACGAAGUUGUCGGCGGCAGUGGAGGAGAGGAGGACGGCGGCUGGGACGUCGACGACGACCUCGCCAUUCCUGACGUUCCCGAUGAGGCGGCUGGAGAAGGUGCUCAGCUCAGUAUUUAGAAAAAAGACAAUUAUGGAGUUGGGAAAUAACUAUUCCAGAUAAUUAAAAAGCAAGAUGAUCCAAAACCUGAAAAAUCUACAGUUAUCUCACUCGAUGGGACCUGGAUCAAAAAAAAAAAGUUCUUGGUUUUCAUGACUUUCAACAUAUUUGUUAGAAGAAAAAGAGACUUGUUCACUCUUUGUUGUUCCAAGCCAUCGAAAAACUAUGCAAUUAACGUGAAGUGCCAUAUUUUCAAUAUCAAGGCCUCAACUUGAUUAUUUUUUUUUUCAGAAGACGAAGAAGUCGUGCCGAACCCAGCGCCACCGGCUUCCGCGGAAUGGGCAGCGGUUUCGCGACUCGUCGCCGAUCACGUCGUCGCCGGAUCCUUCGAAACGGCGCUGAAGAUGCUCCGCGACCAGCUCGGCGUCAUCGCGCCGGCUCCUUUCAAGGAGGUCUUCAUGCGCGUCUAUGCCAGCGGACGUUGUUCUCACCGCGGCUGGGGAGGCCUCUCUCCGGCUGGACCUGUCUUGAUCCAUCCGAUCAGGAACUGGCAGGAUGAGAAGUACUUUUUCGAUUCAAUUCAAGGCUCAAUGAUUCGCCUAGGAACCACUUGCCUGCCAUCAGCGUCAAGCUCUCCCUGCUGGCAAAACGACUCCAGCAAGCUUAUCAACUGACGACCGUCGGAAAGUUCGGCGACGCUGUCGUCAAGCUUCGAGACAUCCUCCUGAGCGUUCCCCUGCUUGUGGUCUCCUCGAAACAAGAAGUCGCUGAAGCUGAACAGUUGAUCGCCAUCGCACGAGAAUAUCUUUCCGCAUUGUUGCUCGAAGGAGCCAGAAAGGUACAGUCGUUUACUAGGAAAUGGUGAGGUGGUAGACCUGGUCAACGUUUUCUUGAUAAAUGAGAAGAAUUUUGCGGGUUAAACUCAAAUAUUGCAGUCGUACGGGUUUUUCGAUAACUUUUGCCCUAUUAAUCAUGACGUUUCAUGACGAUAGCAAAGCUGCCAUCUAAAACGAAAUCAUAGUUAGAUUGUAGCGGUUGAACAAGCGGAAUUGCAGGAACUGCCAAAAGCGACGCCAGCGGAUUUGAAGCGAAACGCCGAGCUGGCCGCCUACUUCACCCACUUCGAGCUGCAGCCCAUGCACAGGAUCCUGACCCUCAGGAGCGCCGUCAACACUUUUUUCAAGAUGAAGCAGAUGCGAACUUGCGCCUCGCUUUGCAAGCGACUGCUUGAGCUUGGUUUGAGAACAUCGUAAUCGAGAGAAUAAAUUAUAUUUAUUGCAGCACCGAAGCCUGACGUCGCUGCUCAAAUCAGGAAAGUUCUUGCUGCUGCGGAGAAGGACAACACUGAUGCGCAUCAGGUAAUGACCACUCUAGGGUAGUUGAAAAAUUUUUUGACAGAAAAAAACAUUAAGAAUGAUUGUUUCUCCACGUUCAAAAAAAAAUUCAAGCUUAAAAAUUAAGUGACUACUCUAGAGCUUACGAGCUGCAGUGUUCCGUUGAGGGAAGAAAUUAGCGGCCUCAAAAAAUAAAAAAUAAAAAUAAAGUUGAUUAGGCUACUUGAGGGGGCUAUAAAGAGAGAAUUUGUGAUUCCGUGAUUUGAAACAUUUCUUUUUCCUUGUGUAUUCAAGUAUGAUUGUUAUAUUUUUGCAGUUGGCCUACGAUGAGCACAACCCCUUCGUGAUCUGCUCGCGAAAGUUCGUCCCACUCUACCGCGGUCGACCGCAGUGCAAGUGUCCGUUCUGUGGAGCGUCGUACUCGGAAGGCCUCGAAGGAACCGUUUGCGACGUGUGUCAAGUCGCCGAAAUCGGCCGCAACGUCCUCGGUCUCCGCAUUUCAACUCUUCAGAAAUAG